CCAGAGGCUUAAAAAAAAAUCGUGCUGCUGAAAUUUCAGCAAGAGGGGAGAAAGAGAGAGAGAGAGGAAGAGAGGAGAGAGAGAGACGGCAAGGCAUCCCAAGCUUCCUGCUUGCCUCCUUGGCAGAGAGGCAGGAAGGGACCCAGCGGAAGCCGUUGGUUCCCCCCCACGCAGAGCCCGAGAGAAACAGGGUCCUCUCCGACCCCCAGAAUCUGACUUUGGGGGGUCUGCAUCUUGGCUCGCCGCCCCUCGCCUCUUCCCCCCUCCAGCCCUCCCGGGCCGGCGUUCCCGUCUCUCUCUUCCCGAAUCCCCUUCCUCGCCGAGAAGCGGGGAGACGGUGGGGGGGCUCUCGAGGUGAGUGCCGGCCGCCGGCCCCAAGAAGCUCCUGGCAGGAAAGCAUCCCUGGCACCCCGCCGCCCCGCCGGCAGCCCCCCGUGGCCCCCCUGCAGGUGCCGAAAGCUUCGAGACUCCCCGAGGCUGGGACACACACGGGGCCAGUGAGGAUUAAGGAACCUUCUGGAAAGAGAGCACCAGCAGGGGGCCGCUUCCCUCAAGCUGCCCUGCGCCCCGCUGACUGCCACAGGCUUCCCCUGAGGAUGCGGGUGGCCAGGGCCGAGGGUGUCCCCCCGGGCUUGCUGCUCGCCGUCCAGCUGCUGCUCGUGGGCGCCCUGCUGCGGCCCUCGGCCUGUCAGCUGGAGGUGCCCACCGCGAUGAGGGUCCCCGGGGGGGACGACGACGACGGGGGCCCGUCCAGCCCCGAGCCGCCGCCGCUGCCUCUCGACCCCGAGGACCCCGCCCAUGUGCCCGUGGACGCUCCGUGCGCGUCAGGGCUGGAGGCGUCGGCUGAGCAGGAAGUGGGCAGCCCUGACGGGGCGCCCGCCGAGGACCCCGGCUGGAGGGCGGCGGAGCCCGAGAGCCGCGUGGCCUUCACCCAGGUGGUCCGCCUCCCCCAGGAGGCCUGCGCCUGCGCGGGUUCCGCCCAGGCGCUGCAGGAGCUGCUGGGCCGCCUGGAGCUGCUCGAGCAGGAGGUGUCCCUGCUCAGGCACCAGUGUGACGCCGCCCGCUGCCCCGAGGGCGCCGCCGCAGGUCAGCUGGACUACAGCCCCGCCUGCAGCGGCCACGGCAACUUCAGCCUGGAGGCGUGCGGCUGCGUGUGCGAGCCGGGCUGGACGGGCCCCAACUGCUCCGAGCCGCAGUGCCCGCUGGACUGCUCGGGCCGCGGGCUGUGCGUGGACGGCGUGUGCGUGUGUGACAGCGGGGCGGGUGGCGAGGCCUGCUCGGAGCCGCAGUGCCCGCUGGACUGCUCGGGCCGCGGGCUGUGCGUGGACGGCGCGUGUGUGUGCCAGGAGGGCUACGCCGGCCAGGACUGCGGCCAGCUGCGCUGCCCCGGGGACUGCUCGGGCCGCGGCCAGUGCGCCAACGGCUCCUGCGUGUGCCAGGAGGGCUACGCCGGCCAGGACUGCGGGCAGCAGCUGUGUCUGAACGCCUGCAGCGGGCACGGCCACUGCCUGGACGGGGAGUGUCACUGCGAGGACGGCUACCAGCAGCCCGACUGUUCUGCAGUGGUCGCCCCUCCAGAGAACCUGCGGGUGGCCGGCGUGAGCGACAGGUCCAUCGAGCUGGCGUGGGAUGUGCCGACGGCAGUGACCGAGUAUGUGAUCUCUUACCAGCCGACAGCCCCCGGGGGGCUCCCGCUCCAGCGCCGGGUGCCCGGGGACCGGACAGGCGUCACCCUCUCGGAGCUCGAGCCGGGCCUCGCCUACAACAUCAGCGUUUCCGCUGCCAUCAGCAGCGCCCUCAGCCCGCCCGCCACCGCCGAGGUGGCCACCCAACUUUCCACUCCGCGGGGCCUCCGGUUCAAGGCCGUCACGGAGAGCACUGUGGAGGUCGAGUGGGAGCCCCUGGCCUUCGCCUUCGACGCCUGGGAGAUCAGCUUCAUCCCCAAGAACAACGAAGGCGGGGUGACUGCCCAGCUGCCCAGUGACGUCACCUCCCUGAACCAGACCGGGCUGAAGCCGGGCGAGGAGUACCUGGUGACCGUCGUGGCCCUCCGCGAGCAGGCCCGGAGCCCCCCCACCUCGGCCACCGUCUCCACCAUCAUUGACGGGCCCACGCAGCUCCUGGUCCGAGACGUGUCGGACACGGUGGCCUUCGUGGAGUGGACGCCGCCGCGGGCGCGGGUGGACUUCAUCGUGUUGCGCUACGGGCUGGCGGGCGGCGAGGGCGGCCGGACGACGUUCCGCCUGCAGCCGCCCCUGAGCCAGUACUCGGUGCAGGCCCUGCGGCCCGGGACCCGCUACCAGCUGGCGGUCAGCGCCGUGCGGGGCGCCAACGAGAGCCGCGCAUCCACUGCCCAGUUCACCACAGAGAUCGACGCGCCCAAGAACCUGCGGGUGGCGUCCCGCACGGCCACCAGCUUGCACGUGGCCUGGGACAACAGCGAGGCAGAGGCGCAGGCGUACCGGCUGGUGUACAGCACGCUGGCGGGCGGGCAGUACCACGAGCUGCUGGUCCCCAAGGCCCCGGGGCCCGCCAGCAGCGUCACACUGACAGAUCUGAUCCCUGGCACCGAGUAUGGGCUGGGCAUCUCUGCCCUCAUGAACUCUCGGCAGAGCGCACCGGCCACCAUGAACGCCAGGACUGAGCUGGACGGACCCCGGGACCUCACGGUGAGGGCUUCCUCGGAGACGUCCAUCUCCCUGAUGUGGGCCAAGGCCAGGGGCCCCAUCGACCACUACCGCAUCACCUUCACGCCCUCCUCGGGGGUCUCCUCGGAGGUGACCGUGCCCAGGCACGUGACCUCGUACACGCUGACGGACCUGGAGCCCGGCGCCGAGUACAUGAUCUCUGUCACCGCCGAGCGCGGCCGGCAGCAGAGCCCCGAGGCCACCGUGGACGCUUUCACAGGCUUCCGCCCCAUCUCGCACCUGCACUUCUCGCAUGUGACCUCCUCGGGCGUGAACAUCACCUGGAGCGACCCCUCACCGCCCCCCGACCGCCUGCUGCUGCGCUACGGGCCCCGGGACCGCGAGGACGAGGCACGGGAGCUGGCGCUGGGCGCGGCCCGCCGGCACGCGCUGCUCUCAGGGCUGCAGCCCGCCACCGAGUACACCGUCAGCCUGGUGGCCGUGCACGGCGCCGCACGCUCCGAGCCCAUCGUGGGCUCCGUCACCACCGGCAUCGACCCCCCCAAGGACAUCACCAUCGCCAACGUGACCAAGGACUCGGUCGUGGUGUCCUGGAGCCCCCCGCUCGCCCCCUUUGACUAUUACCGCGUCUCCUACCGGCCCACUCAAGUGGGGCGUCUGGACAGCUCCGUGGUACCCAACACGGUGCGCGAGUUCACCAUCACCCGGCUGCACCCCGCCACCGAGUAUGAGAUCAGCCUCAACAGCGUGCGUGGCCGCGAGGAGAGCGAGCGUGUGUGCACACUCACGCACACAGCCCUGGACAGCCCUGCGGAGCUGACGGCCACCAACGUCAGCCCCACGGAGGCCCUGCUGCGCUGGCGCGCGCCCGUCGGAGAGGUGGAGAACUACGUCAUCGUCCUCACCCACUUCGCAGCGGCCGGGGAGACCAUCCUGGUAGAUGGGAGCCGGGAGGAGCUGCAGCUGGUGGACCUGUUGCCCCGGACCCACUACACGGCCUCCCUGUACGCCACCAGCGGGCCCCUCACCAGCGACACCAUCAGCACCAACUUCUCCACGCUCCUGGACCCGCCCACCAACCUGACGGCCAGUGAGAUCACCCGCCAGAGCGUCCUGGUGUCCUGGCUGCCCCCCAGGGCGGCCAUCGAGAACUACGUCCUGACCUACAAAGCCUCGGACGGCAGCCGCAAGGAGCUGAUGGUGGACGCGGAGGACACGUGGGUGCGGCUGGAGGGGCUGCAGGAGAGGACGGACUACACAGUGCUGCUCCAGGCCGCCCAGCUCAGCGAGCGCAGCCGAGUCACCUCGACGGCCUUCAGCACGGGAGGCCGGGUGUUCCCGCACCCGCAGGACUGUGCCCAGCACCUGGGCAACGGGGACACCCUGAGUGGGGUCUACACCAUCUUCCUGCACGGCGAGCCCGGCCAGAGGCUGCAGGUGUACUGCGACAUGGCCACCGACGGCGGCGGCUGGACCGUGCUCCAGCGGCGGCAGAACGGCCAGACGGAUUUCUUCCGCAAGUGGGCCGAGUACCGGGAGGGCUUCGGGAACCUGGAGGACGAGUUCUGGCUGGGGCUGGACAACAUCCACAAGAUCACGUCCCAGGGCCGCUACGAGCUGCGGGUGGACAUGCGGGACAGCCAGGAGUCCGUGUUCGCCGUCUACGACCGUUUCCUGGUGGAAGACGGGAGGAGCCUGUACAAGCUCCGGCUGGGUGCCUACAAUGGCACGGCAGGGGACUCCCUCAGCUACCACCAGAGCCGCCCCUUCUCCACGCAGGACCGCGACAAUGACGUGGCCGUCACCAACUGCGCCGUGUCCUACAAGGGCGCCUGGUGGUACAAGAACUGCCACCGAGCCAACCUCAACGGCAAGUACGGCGAGUCCCGGCACAGCCAGGGCAUCAACUGGUACCACUGGAAGGGCCACGAGUUCUCCAUCCCCUUUGUGGAGAUGAAGGCGCGGCCGUUCGGCCACCGGGAGGCGGGCAGGCGGCGCCGGUCCCUGUGGGGCUGACCUUGGCCGCGGCCCUCAGACCGUCUCGCUUCUGGACGAACGUGAAACUCGGAUGGGGGAAGGGGGGUUGGCCGCCCGGCGGAGGGGGCGGGAGGAGGAGGGAACCGGCUGGGGGGGGGCACCCCGGGGUCCUCGUCCCCUCCGGCCCCCGGCCUUCCCUCCCCCUCCCUCCCGGGCUCAGAGGAACCACGGGGCUGAGGUCGGGCGGGCGGGAGAAGCUGUCCCGGCCCCUCUGUCCCGGCCCCUCUGUCCCGGCCCCUCUGUCCCGGCCCCUCCGCCUUCCCCGGGUCCAGCCCUCAGUGGCCCUCCCUGGAGCGGCGCCUCUGAGCUCAGCCCAGCCCGGCCCCCGCAUCCCGCCCCGGGCACUGACCGAGCGUCCCCCCAUCUCCGUGGCACAGCCCAGGCUCCCGCGUGGACAUCAGUGGCCUCCGGGGUCCACCUGCGCGCGCGGCCCUGGGCUUCCCUGGGUCGGGCAGGGGGAAAGCGGCUUUGGUUCUGAGCGCUUCUCCCGGCGGGGGGGGGGGGGGGACCGGGCACCUUCCUCACCGGCCCCCCGUCGCCUGGGUCCCUGUGUCCCCUGCUCUGUCUGUUUCUGCUCCGGGUUUUGUCCUGCUCUUCGCCCUUUCCCGAAUUGCAAACCCAAAAGCUCGGGUCUGUGCCUGGUCAGCUCCCCAGGGCGGACAGACAGACAGAGGGAGGGAGGGCGCUGGCCCUGCACGCAGCCGGCCCCGGGUUUGGUGGUCCUUCCCCAUCCCACCGCCCAGGCCCCGCCAGGAGGGAACCCCGAGUGCAGAGCCAGGGGUCAGCCCUGAGCAUAUAUCUUCUUUCUCUCUCUCUCUCUCUCUCUCUCUCUCUCUCUCUCUCUCUCUCUCUCUCUCUCUCUCUCUCUCUCUCUCUCCCCCCUCCGACGAGAGAGGGAAGGUGGACAGUGAGUUACGGGCCCCGGCUGGGUCUUCUCAAAGUCUUCCAGAUCCAGAAAGAUCCAGGUGAUGUCACAAGUGGACUUAGCUUAGCACCCUCCCCCCCCGCCCCUCCCUGCCACAUCUUGCUCUGCCUUUAAAAGGCAAAAUGCAGGGGCUGGAGCACUAGCACAGUGGGGAGGGCGUUUGCCUUGCACGCGGCCGACCCGGGUUCGAAUCCCAGCAUCCCGUAUGGUCCCCCAAGCACUGCUAGGAGUGAUUCCUGAGUGCAUGAGCCAGGAGUCAGCCCUGAGCAUCGCCGGGUGGGACCCAAAAAGCAAAAAAAAAAAAAAAAAGGGAAAAUGCAGGGGUGACAAAGUGGCAUCAUCGAGGAAUCCAAGAGUGACCAGGGCCGGACCGAGGACCUCUUGUCCCUGGUUGGUGGUCAAGUCUGUGAGAGCCAGCGAGCAUCAGUCACCCUGUCCCAAUCAGAUGGCGGUGGUGGCGGCCAUGCCUGUGACCCCCGCCCGCCCCCUACCCCCCACGACCUUCCCUCAAGAUCCAGCUCUCGUCCACCCGAUGGGGACCAUAACUAUAACCCCCCCCCGCACCCCAGCUUGGGAAAGGGACAUUCUCUCAUGCAGGGGACGAGCUGGACACAGGGUGACCGUGGCGUCCCCUGCUCCAGCCUGGCUCCCAGGAGGACGGGACAGCCGUGGAUCUUUCCGGAAGUCGGUCAGCCUUGCGUGUGGCUGGUGGGGUUCAACCCCUGAACCCCGCCGGGACCCCGAGCACCGCCAGGACUAAGAACCCUGAGCAUCGCCAGGUGUGGCCAAAACAGACCAAAAAAAAAUAAAUAAAAUUUUUUUUUAAAGCAUCCAUCACUGGGGCUGGAGCGAUAGCACAGCGGGGAGGGCGUUGGCCUGGCACGCAGCUGACCCGGGUUUGAUUCCUCCGUCCCUCUCGGAGAGCCCGGCAAGCUACCGAGAGGAUCCCGCCCGCACGGCAGAGCCUGGCAAGCUCCCCGUGGCGUCUUCGAGAUGCCAAACACAGUCACAAGUCUCACCAUGGAGACGUGACUGGCGCCCGCUUGAGCCCAUCGAUGAGCAACGGGACGACAGUGUUCCAGUUCUUUGUCCUAUUGAAAUCUGAACGUUUUAUCCUACUGAAAGGUAUGGCUGGAGCAAUAGCACAGCGGGGAGGGCGUUGGCCUGGCACGCGGCCGACCCGGGUUCGAUUCCCAGCAUCCCAUAGGGUCCCCCGAGCACCGCCAGGGGUGAUUCCUGAGCGCAGAGCCAGGAGGAACCUCUGAGCAUCGCCGGGUGGGACCCAAAAAGCAAAAUAAAUAAAUAAAUAAAUAAAUAAAUAAAGUAUCCAUCGCUGGCAGAGGCUACGGCAGGGGGCUCCUUGACACAUCCCCCCAUAUUUAGAGACCCCCAAAUCCAUUCUCCAAGGUCAAGAGCAGCUGAACUCGGUGCCCUGAACCCGCGCCCUGGACCACAGCUUAGCUAGGGGUCGUCACGAGACCCCAGCCCCCCUCGAGAUUGCAGAGACACAUCUGGGGGCCUGGACUCGCCCAGACCCCAGCCAGGCGGUGACCCCCCCUUUCCUGCACGUCCCUGUCAGAGUUUCCAGCCCCGUCCACUCCAGGGUCAUUUCUCGAGGGGGACACGGGGUGGGCAAGGCCCCGGCGGGUACUAGCAAAGAAGAGGGAACCCUACUAGCUAGAAGGCACCACCAGGGGGCGUGCGCGCGCGCACGCGCGCGCACACACACACACACACACACACACACACACACACACACAGACACCACCUCCAGGAGUCCUCCAGGCUCUGCCCUGCCCCGCCCCCCCACAAGCUUCCCAGUUUAGGAUCUAGAGGGCGGCCCACUGCUAUGUGCUGGCCUCCACUGACCAAAGAAAAGUGAUGGCUCUAGAUGAGGUUUGACCUCUAGAACGGAGUAGACUCCACACUGCCCCCCUAUGGCUAACGCUGGAACUGCACCUCCAGAGCAGAGGUGUUCAGAGGCGGGUCCCUGAGUUAAAGCCUCAGAAGCACCCUGACCCCAGCUCAGCCCCUUGCAGACAAGGGGAGGGGACUUGGCGAGGCUUAGUGAUGGCUCACAUGUGGCCGAGGCACAGGCAAGGCCCGUGGCGAGAUCGGGUGCUCGCUCUCAAGUGCUCCCACCAGCCUGCGAGUACCCAGCCCACACGCCCCACCUGUCCCAACUGGUUCCCGCCCCAGCCAGCCCUGUUGGUCCUCCCCGACCCCGGAGCAGCUCUGGGCAAGGUCUGGGCCUUGAGGAAGGACCAGGUGAUCAGUUUCCCCUGGGGAAUCGUUUAACUCUGUCCCUCCCAGGGAUCGCAUCUCCCAGUCAAGGGGCCUUGGCUGACAGGCACUCCAAGGAGCCUGGACCAUCUGAGUCACAAGAGGGGGGGCCUUCCCUGUUCCUGCUUAGCAACCCCUACAAACCCCCCACCCCAAUGAGGUUUGACAUCUAGAACGGAAUAGACUCCACACUGCCACCUGUGGCCAACGCUGGAACUGCACCUCCAGAGCAGGGGUUGGUCCGUCACUGAGUAGGUCCAAAGGCGGGGGUCUCCGAGUUAAAGCCUCAGUUGCACCCUGACCCCAGCUCAGCCCCUUGCAGACAAGGGGAGGGGACUUGGCAAGGCCCGGGGACAGCCCGCAGCCGGAAGCUCUCGCCUUGACGUCUUCCUUCAGGAACUCCCAAGCUUUCCCACUCUUCCGCCAAGGGUCCUGACCUCUGGAAGUUCUCGCGACAUUCUCCCGUGGCCUUGUCACCCCCCCACCUCCGUCCGACAUUCUUUUAUUUGCCCUUUGGCACACGCCCGGCGAUGCUCAGGGCUGACUCCCGGCUCUGCACUCAGGAAUCACUCCUGGCGGUGCUCAGGGGGGGACCCGAUGGGAUGCCGGGGAUCGAACCUGGGUCGGCCGCGUGCCAGGCUAGCUAGCGCCCUCCCCGCUGUGCUGUUGCUCCCGCCCCCUUCUUGGCUUUUAAGCAAAGGGAACUUCGGUGCUGUUUGAGGCACAUCCUCCCAGACCCUCACCUCGCCAGUGGGUGUAAAACACACCCCAGAAAAACCCUUCUUUUUUUUUUUUCUUUUAAUUUUUCGGAUCAAUCCCCCUCCCCCACCCAGGGACGCUCAGGGCUGACUCCUGGCUCUGCACUCAGAAAUCACUCCUGCCGGUGCUCGGGGGGGGUCGGGGGGGACCCUAUGGGAUGCCGGGGAUCGAACCCAGGUCUGCCAUGUGCAAGGCAAAUACCCUUCCCGCUGUGCUCGCGCUCUGGUCUCCCUUUUCUUCAUUUUGGGAGGAAAGAGUAUCCCAGCAGCCUUGGGUAGGGGGGAUGGGGAUGGGACGAUGGAGACAGCCAGCCCCCUAAGGACACUGAAAACUGUCGGACCUCUGACCCCCAGCACAGAGAACAGGAGACAAGUGAAGGUUACGGGGUCCCUGACUCCGUCCCCCUCCCUGAUAUAUCUGUGGAGGUGCGGGUGGGGGUGGGUCCCCAUCUUCCCCUUUGCCAUUUGUGGUGGGGGGGGGGGGUCACAGAAGGAAAUCGGCCCUUGGGAGCUUGUUUUGAGCUACUCAGCCCAUUCCCAGUGCUGAAGGCCGUUCUCACUGGAAGCCACGUCCACGGGAAGGUCUGGGUCGGGCCACCAGCCCCCGAGUUCUGCACUGCAGGGCUCUGUCCCAGCAGAGAUCGCCCUCCUCCACGGUGCCUGCAGAGCCCUCCGCCAACCCACUAUCCCCCCACCCCAACUCACGGGGCCGAGUCUGUGGGUCACAACGGCCCCCCGGAUCACCGUCCCCGGCGACACAGGUCCUCCUCAACUGCAAGUUUCUCCUUCCUGGGACUUCCCGUCACACCCCGGUCAUGCCAGGACCUCCCACCGCCGCCGCCACCGCGGUCCCAGCCACGACCUUCCCCGGUGCCCUGAGGAGAUGUGGACUCGGAACCGUUUUUGGGGUGGGGGCGGUGGUGCUGGGCCGUCGACCCCCCACCCUGGCUCUGAGACACACGCCCCACGCCCAACCCUCUCCCUGCCCCUCUGAGAUCUCAGCGUCUCGCUCCAUCCCGAAUGGGCCACGGUGACCGCAGGGCGCCGGGAACGCACCGUGGACCUGCACGAAGGCCGCGUGCAUCGACGCAGACCCAGGGACCUGCACGAACACGGGGUGCAUCGAGGCAGCCCCGGGCGGGGAGGGGCAGGCGGGACCCCCCCCUGCUGACCCGAGGCCACCGAGACGGACCCUCCGCCCGGCCCCCAUUGUUAACUUGUACUUUUAGUGGCGAUUGCUUUUAGCCUCUGUAUAGGUCCUUUUUUAAACACAUUUUCUAUACGUUAAUAAAAGAUCCUCGAGGAAGGA